AUGACACCAGCCUAUACCUCAUAUGUUACUUACAAAGUGCAAAUAGUAGUUAAAACACCCUUAGGUAAAGGUAACUUACAGAAUAAUUUUUCCCUCCAGGCUAACUGCAGCACCAACAACCCUAACAGUGGCACCAGUCCCUCGACACGCUCCCGUAAACCUGGCGCCAUCAUUGAGAGCUUUGUCAACCACGCUCCGGGAGUCUUCUCAGGGACCUUUUCAGGCACUUUGCACCCUAACUGCCAGGACAGCAAUGGGCGUCCCAGACGAGAUAUUGGUACCAUCCUGCAGAUCCUCAAUGACCUCUUGAGUGCAACACGUCACUACCAGGGAAUGCCACCCUCCCUCACCCAGCUUCGGUACCAGACCCAGUGCGGCUCGCCCACUUCCCCGUCCCCCUCCCCAUCUCCCUCACCUCCAGUUGCUAGCGUGACAGGCCUCUCUGCCAAAGCUACCUCUGUGCCUGCCGUCAGCCCCAGCGGCCCUCCGCCGACUCUUCAUCCACUGGUGCAGUGCCAGAGCCAGAUCCGCAUGUGCAAACCCCCUGGUGACCGUCUGCGUCAGACUGAAAACCGUGCAACCCGCUGCAAGGUGGAGCGCCUGCAGCUGUUGAUGCAGCAGAAGCGUCUGCGCAGGAAGGCCAGGAGGGACCAGCGCGCCCCUUAUCAGUGGCUGCCCAACCGCAAGGCCGGACGCAGCAACAGCAACAGCAGCAUGUCCAGCGAGGGCUCUCUGGACCUGGACUUUGACGACUCAGUGUGGAAACCCGACGUCAAGGCUGAUUUGAAGUCUGAGUUCGUCAUGGCCUGAAUCGUCUGAUCCCCUCACCCUGGAGGGGAGGGGAGGGGCAGAUUCAAAGAUGUGCAAAGCUUUGCUCGGGAUUUACUUAAAGAUAUAUUUUGAGGGACUGAAUUGGCAGGAGAAUGACAGAGAUCUGUGCAAAGAGAAAAUCAAGGUUGUCCAUGUGACUGGCUUCUCUCACAUGAAAAAAAAGGCUCCCUGCAGACUUUAAUCCCAUCCUGUCCUUCACAGUUGACCUUGUGGAAAAUACAGCAACAGUGGCAACAGUACUUUCUUGCCGUGCUUGGAUUUGGACAGGCAACAACCGGACUCAACAGUGUACAAGACUUUUUUAUGGUGUGAUCACAGAGACCAUACCUGAACUUGAGCAUAGCAGAAAUUCAGUGGGUGGUGGUGGUGGUGGUAUUUUCAGUUUUUCUUGUUCAAAGUUUUUUAAAGAAGACUCUGGACAGUAAUGAAGAGACCCACACUGGACUUAUUAAGAGAACAGGAGCACCAGAGGCCUCAGUGUUUCCUAAUCGAAAGAAAGGCAGAACUGCCAAACUAUGGAUUAUUCCGACGGGCAUUCUUAUCGAUUUCAAAAACUCACAAACCAGAGUCCAGUUUUUACCUGUUAUGGGGUGGUUAAACUUUUUUUGUUUUCCUUUUCCAUUUUGAAACAUACUAUUAUAUUUUAUAAACAAAAAAUAUGUAGCAUUGUUCACAAAGCAUUCAGGUUUUCAUAUAACAGUUGAGAGUAGUUGUUGAUUUCCUUGAUUUAUAACAGCCGGUCAAAGUGUGCGAAGAAGAGGAGGAGGUGGGCCUGUGAUAGAAUAAAAAAAAAGAAUAUGGAAGUAUUGAUAUCAACCUCAGUGACAUCGUAUCGAUAGGAAUGAUUAAUGAAUAAAUAAAAUGAAUUAAGAUUAACAGAAAGUGCUUUAGAGGAUUUUAAAAUCUUUAAAAUGUAUAUGGAUAAAAAAAUCUAUUUUUAUUUCACUUCCUAUCUGCUGUUUUCAAAAAACAGCAGCCCUCUGUGGCUUUAGUCAAGUCGCUAGACUACCGACAAAUAACAUCCAUUCAAUCAUCCAUUAGCUCAUCCAUGAUUUAUAGUCGUCUAGACGCAUACAAAUGAUACAGAGAGACAACUUUCAUCCAGCCCGCCUCAUGUCUCACAGACCUGAAUGGACUAGUUGAGGGUUUUGUAUUAGUUUGUGUACAUAAUGACAAUUGGCAAAGGUUUAUGAGGGUGUGUGCGUGCGUGUGUCUGUUUUACUUUAGUGUAAUUUGAUUUAGAAAUAUCCCAUGUUUUUGUCUGGGUUGUCUUCUCCCAGAUGACCCCAUAGUUUCUCAAAACAGAAGGCGUCACAACUUAAUAUCAUAAGAGGAUCAAACUCCAAAUUCAGAGUCGUUAAGGCACAUUCGAUGUGUAGUCUUUAUGAUAGUGACUAUUUUCUUAUUGGCAUAGAGGGAGAAGAGGUGGGAUCUGUAUCCAGCAUCAUUAUCUAGUGCCUCCACCAGUACAUCCAUUGACAUAUCAGGUUAGGCCUUUCACAGUUUCGCUGCUACACAUGGGGACUUCAAAUGAAAAAAAAAAAAA